GUGCGGGCUUUAACCACACGUGCGUACCUUGAAAUUUCAAUAACUCUCUCUCGUCCUCUCUCUUUCGUCUUCCUUCAAUUUCCCAAAUCAACAACGCCAUGGAUGAGUUACCUCCAGAGCUCUUGGUCAAAAUUCUGAGUCGACUCAACGAUUCCGAAUCCCUAGCUCGAUGUCGAGUCGCUUCCAAGACAUUGAACUCGCUUUCUCGAGAGGUUCGCGCCGUGAAUCUCAUUUGCACCUUGUCCCGGUUCUUAAAAUCGCGGUCCAUCGUCGUCGUCACACCUUUCAAGACGAUCUUUAGGAGCCUCAUCGAGAAUUCCUGUAACAUUCGCUCAAUCUCAAUCGGAGUCGAUAAGGCACUUAUCGGAAUGUCGUUUGACGACUUGAACGAAGAAGAUUCCAAGGAUUUGUACCUGACCGAUGUCGAAUUCGCGAAGGAGUGGUUGCCUAGGGUUCGUGAAGACCUUGAGAUGUUGUCAAUUUCGGAUUUCUGGAUUCAGUCUUGCUGGAGAAAGUCGGAUAUUUUGGCGCUCAUUUCUUCAAACUGUAGUAAGUUAGUGAAACUAGAGGUGAAGAAUUCUUGGCUCUCAGUUGUUGGCCUGAGGGAGAUGUCUAAUCUUAGACAUUUGACCCUUGAGUUCAUUCGACUUGAUGAUGAGAAUCUAGAGAAGGUCAAUGAUUGUUUCCCUUUCCUUCAAGUGCUGAAUUUGAUUGGUGUUGGAGGACUUAAGGAACCGAGAAUCCAUUUUCUUCACCUAAAGAGUUGCCAUUGGACUGUGUCGAAUGCUCCACUUUCCUUGGCUAUAGUGGCGCCAAACCUUCUUGAGCUCAAGCUAAAAUGUAACAAGCCUAAAUCUCUUAUACUCGAAACACCCAAGUUGGUGAAAUUCCAUUUUUCUGUAGAGGAUGCCGAAGGUGUUGGUUUCGGGGAGUUUCGAGAUCUGAAUUCUUUGGAGCUCAUAUCUCCUGACAUGUACAGACUAAUCAGCAACAUCCGUUAUGGCAACAAGAUCAGAAAGCUUGCAGUGGAUUCAGUAAAGUCUAUAGAACAAUCUGAGAGGUUAGAACUUGGACUGGGAACACUCCUCAAAGCAUUCCCUGGCAUCAGUUCGCUUAGUUUGAGUCCCAGGACUUGGUCAGAUAUAGAAACACAUUUCCAAAGCCAAGGCCUAGGAAAUAUGAAGGGAACAGCCAGCCUGAAGCAAAUAACAGCACGUGUUCAGAUGUCAGAUCAUACCAAUGUUCAUCAAACAGUUUCUUUCAUCAGGUCUAUUCUUAAUAAAUACAGAGGUUUGACAGACAUGAGACUGAUGAUUCACCAGGACAAAGAUCCUAGAGUAAGAAGCAAUCUGAUAUCGGCGUGUAUAAUGAGUAACCCGGGAGUGAGCUGGAAAUGGGGAAUGUGGGCUGAAGGAGGUGAAGAUAUGUGGGUCUAAGACCUAACAUUCAAGUCUGAAACUUGAAUUCUCUUGUAUAUACUUGUGAUGAUGAUGAUGAUGGUAAUGAAGAAUGCGUCAAGAGUGUUUCCAUAUAUUGUGUAACUUGUGUUGUGCUGAAACUUGUCAUGGAUUUAUAAAGCUUUUCAUGAAGAGUUUGUAUACAAAUAUAGAGAUUUAGUCACCAUGUAAGGUCUAUAGCUUCACCGUAUAAAACAGGAUUUGGAUUUGGAUUUGCUCCACUGAA